AUGCCGGCAGAUGUCAUUGAACUCUCAGAUGACGGGGAUACGGCUUCCCUUUCCGAGGACGAGGAUGGCUUCGAGGGACCCGCCCGUAACCUUCCCCGGAAGCGCAAGAUAGCGCUCGAGUUCACGGAAAAGGUUGAAUGGACGGAUGAUUCAGACAGCGCGCCUCUGAGGCCGAAGAAGCGAAGAGCGAGGCGCAAAUCUGCCAAGCAGAAGAAAGCCGUUAGGAGUGAUGUCGGUGGAGACCAUCUGGAGGACGACUUGGACAUUGCGGACCUGCCAGACUAUCUGAUUGAACGGAGACGAGCCUUCGAUGCUCAGCGCAAGCUCUAUCACGAAUCAGCCCUGAUGCUGCCGCCAGACUACACAGAUAUUGAUUUCGACGAGUCCAGUAGCCUCAGAGAGCUCAAGGAGCGGCCAAACUUUGACCCAGAAAGUGGCAUCAAACCGUCUCGCCCCUACCACGACAUCGAGCUUCCCCAGUCAGGCGGCCUCAUCCCCGCGUCAAUCGCUCAGUACCUGCGAGACUACCAAGUGGAUGGAGUUCGGUUUCUGCACAAAAAGUUUGUGUACCAAGAGGGAGGCAUCUUGGGAGACGAUAUGGGCCUCGGCAAGACGGUCCAAGUGGCUGCUUUUCUGACAGUGGCCUUUGGGAAGACGGGAGACGAACGAGACGACAAACGCUUGAGGCAUAUGCGACUUCUUGGAGAGAGAUGGUAUCCCAAGAUACUCAUUGUGUGCCCGGGAUCUCUUAUUGCAAACUGGAGGAACGAGUUGAACAGAUGGGGUUGGUGGCACGUCGACAUCUUUCACGGAGCCAACAAGGACGACGUGCUUGGUGCGGCCCGGGCUGGCAUGCUGGAGAUCAUGAUCACAACGUACGAGACUUACAAAAACUCUCGCAGCUCCAUCAACAUGGUCCAGUGGGACGCCAUCAUCGCUGACGAGUGUCACCGCCUCAAGGACCGCUAUUCGGAAACCACCAAAGCAAUGCAGGAGGUGAACGCGCUCUGCAGGAUAGGCUUAACAGGAACAGCCAUCCAGAACAAGUACGAGGAACUUUGGACAUUACUGGAUUGGACCAACCCGGGCCAUUUCGGCACCAAAGCGGAGUGGUCUCAAACCAUCACGAAGCCCCUGACAGUUGGCCAGUCCCAUGAUGCAACAGUUGCACAGCUGAGCCUCGCAAGGCAGACGGCAAAGAAACUUGUCCAAAACCUCCUUCCGCGGUACUUUUUGCGCCGUAUGAAGUCUUUGAUCGCUCAUCAAUUACCGAAGAAAUGGGACCGAGUCGUCUUUUGCCCCCUCUCAGACUUGCAGAUGGAAGCAUAUGAGAACUUUCUCCGCAGCAAAGAAGUCUCCAUCAUAAGAACCGCUUCGGAAGACUGCGAGCACGGCGGCAAGAAGGGCUGGUGCUGCGAACAGUAUCUCCCAAGCGGCAAACGCUGGCAGAGCAGGGUCUUCCCCAGCAUGAUGACGUUGCAAAAGCUGGCCAACCACCUGACUCUGCUGGUGCCGAUGACGACGGAUCUAGAAGAGAGGCACGAACAAGAACUUGCGACGCUCCAGACCUGCAUGCCGGACACAUGGAGAGUGCUGUAUGAGAAGCGCGAUCGGAUUAGUAACCUGGUCAACCCGGAGUUUUGCGGCAAAUGGAAGAUUCUCAAGAGACUGCUCAAGUUCUGGCACGGGAGCGGCAACAAAGUGCUCGUCUUCUCUCACAGCGUGCGGCUGCUUCGCAUACUGCAGCAUCUAUUCACCAACACGAGCUACACCGUGAGCUAUCUCGACGGCUCUCUGAGCUACGAAGCACGGCAGGAUGUGGUGGACACGUUCAACUCCGAUCCCACGCAGUUUGUAUUCCUCAUAUCAACCAAGGCCGGUGGCGUAGGGCUGAACAUUACUUCGGCGAACAAGGUCGUUAUUAUGGAUCCUCACUGGAAUCCCGCGUAUGACUUACAGGCGCAAGACCGAGCCUACCGAAUUGGCCAGACCCGCGACGUCGAGGUCUUUCGACUCAUCUCUGUGGGGACGAUUGAGGAAAUUGUUUACGCUCGCCAAAUAUACAAGCAGCAGCAGGCCAACAUCGGAUAUACCGCGUCGUCUGAGCGGCGGUACUUUCGUGGCGUCCAGCAAGAUACCGAGCGAAAGGGCGAAAUCUUUGGGCUCUCCAACAUUUUCACCUACCACAGUCACAUGGGCUUGCUUCGCGACAUCGUGAACAAGACGAAUAUUGCAGAGGCCAAAGCCGGAGUGCACCUGGCUGAUGUUGACAUGGAAGAGGCAGCCAAAGAAGGAGAAGACCUGGGGGUCGUGAAACAGGAAGAGACCACCGAUUCGGAGGAUGGUGGCCUGAGCCAGCUGGCUGACUUGCUCACGUCCAGCGACCAGGCAAAGACGCUUGAAUCGCUCAAGUCGGGCCAGCCGAAAAGUGACGCUGUGCAGGCCAUUCUCUCAGCUGCCGGGGUGGAGUACACGCACGAUAACGCUGAAGUGAUUGGGUCUUCCAAGGUGGAGGAGCAGCUCUCACGGCGGGCAGAGAUGAGGCUGUUUGACGAGGGAGACCUUGCCGGUCAGACAACCUUGUUUGCUGACACGGAUGACGAGACUGAUGGCGAAGGGUUGCAUAGCACAUACAAGCCGCCGCAAGAUGUCUGUCUGCGGCAAUUUUGCGAGAUGGCGAGGGAAUUCGGCUUUGCCAAUGCCACGGACUUUGCCCUUAUCGUGGAGAGUUGGACGACAGAAGAGAGAAGGAACUGCUUGAAUCUAUUCUAUAAGAGACGCGAGGCUAAGCUGGAACGAGAGGCAUCUCUUGAUACAAAGGAGGGUAUUGCCAGUCCGGCACACGAGCCAAAACUGGAGGCGAUCAAGGAGGAGUUCGAGAAGGAUGAGGCAAGAAGCGGGGCUGAAAACGUCAAGGACGACAAACUGCGUGUCAAGCGAGAAAUUGCUGCGGAAACGAAGUCGGUCUCGGUGGACAGCAAAUCCAAGAGGGUGUCGAUUUUCAUCUCGGACGAUGACGAUGACGACGAGCUCUGA